AUGAAUGAGAAGAAGAAUUCCUCUCUGAUCUUCCAUCUCUCCCUUUCCUUCUUCUUCCUAUCUCUUUCUUUCUUUUCCCUUUUUUCUUCCUAG